UAUCAUCAAUAAAUAAAUCAUUCGAUGGAUUGAUGAUGAUGAGAAAAACAACCUGAUGUGCAAACUUCCUCAUUUUUUUCGGUGGAAGCAAACAUGUGAUAUUUGAUUUUUUUUCUUUUUUGCCAAAUUGAUUGUCUGCAUAAAAUAAUUCUCAAAACAAAAACAAAAACAACGAAUCAUGACACCUGCUCAACGACAACCGAAUCUUCGAAGAUCAAUUUCAUCACCAAAUUGUCAAGAUAAUCCUACAUCAUCAUUAUUAUAUUCAUCAUCAUCAUUAUCAUCAACAUCAACAUCACCACCAACAAACCAUCAACGAUUACCAUAUUAUUAUCCACCAUCAGGUGAUCUAGUUGGUCAAUAUGAAUAUGGAACAUUUGAACCACAAUUAUCAUCACCGGCAACAAAUAAAUUACCUAAAACAACAACAACAAUGAACAAUGGAAAUGAUAUUAUUGUUCAAGAAUCAAACACUUAUCAUCGAUAUCGUUAUUAUAAUCGACUUUUUAAUAAUUCACAAAAUUUUGAUAAACAUAAACGUAGUAAUGAAAAUAUAUUGAUCAUACCGAAUCAUGUAAUUCCAUGGUAUUUUAUAUUGCCGAAAAUUUCUGUACCAACUUUUCAGGUAGAAAAUUCAACCGAAAAUCGUCAAUCAUCGAUUGUAACAAUUUUUGCCAUUUGGAAUAUGAUGAUGGGAACAUCAUUACUUUGUUUACCAUGGGCAUAUCAUCAAGCUGGAUUAUUAGGCGGUUGUUUGAUAACAAUUCUAAUGACUGGAUUAUGUUUUUUCACUGCAUCAUUAGUGUUAAAAGUACCAAAAAUACUUUCAAUACAGGUGAAUGAAUUUACCGAUUUAUGUUCAUUAUUAUUAGGAAAUAUGGCACAUAAAAUAUCACAAAUAUCAUCAUUAUCAAUAUUAGCCGGUGGUUGUAUUGUUUAUUGGGUAUUGAUGAGUAAUUUUCUACGACAUGUAAUCAGUUUUAUUUAUCAAGUUGAAGUACUUAAUAUGACAAUCGGUUUGAAUCGAUCAUCGGUUGUAUGUGAUCCAAUUGUUAAUAUUAGUAAAGCAACCGAUGAAAAAUAUAAUCAAUUUAUGUCCGAUUUAGAUUUUAUUGUACCCGGAAUAUUAAUAUUAUUCAUUGGUCCAAUCACGUGUUUACGUUCAGUAAAUUUUUUUCUUAAAUUCAAUAUUAUUGGAACAUUUUCCGUAUUUUAUCUAUUAAUAUUUGCAAUAUUUAAAGCUUAUUCAUGGAAUUUUAUAAAUAUAUCGUUCGACAAAGAUUCAGAAUUUUAUGUUCAUCUUUUUGAUUGGAAUUUUCCCAUCUAUACUGGUGUAUUAUCAUUGGCUUUGUUUAUUCAUAAUUGUCUGACUACAUUGCUCAAAACACAAAAAAAUCCACAACAUAAUCAACGUGAUUUAGCUAUUGCUUAUAUUCUUGUAUCGGUUACUUAUCUACUCAUUUCGACAAUUAUUUAUAUUAGUUUUCCAUUACCGAAAACAUGUAUCAAAGAAAAUUUUCUUGAUAAUUUUGAAUCAAAUGAUUUAUUUGCUUUCAUAACACGUUUAUUUUUAUUACUUCAAGUACUAAGUUUAUUUCCAUUAUUGGUUUAUAUGUUUCGAGUUCAAGUUUUACAAUUAUUUAAAGAUCCAAUUACUGGUCAAAUAACUUAUCCAUUAAUACGUACAAUUAUUAUUAAUAUUUGUCUAUUGACAGUUGGAUGUUUAUUUGCUGAAUUUUAUCCACAAAUCGGUACAAUUAUACGUUAUUGUGGAUCAUUUUCCGGUAUGAUCUUGAUAUUCAUAUUACCAACAAUGACAUUUAUAAAAGCAAGAAAUGUUGUUGAAAAACCAUUACAUCCAUUUAUACGUGGUUGUUUAUUUGCAUUGAUUAUGUUGGGUAUUGGAAAUUUUAUAGCACAAUUUAUUGUCUAAUUGUUUGAUUUGACUAAAAACUU